CCGUCAAUUAAAAUCCACAUUAGGACAGCCGGAUUUCUCUCAGUUUUUCAUUGAUCUGGUCUUCUAGCUCUUUGGCCUUCAGUAUUCGUCAGUUAUUGCUGGAAUGGCCAUGAAAAGAAGAAGAACGCCAACUCAAAUGAGCAACACUGAUGCGAAAAUUCAAGUAUCUGGUCCCUGUAUAAGUGAUCUUCCAAGGACAAUCUUUGUUGAUAUUCUGCUAAAACUAUCUACCAAGAGCAUUAUUUUUUGCAAAUGUGUGUGCAAGACUUGGCACAUUAUAAUUUCGGAUCCUCAGUUUGCUAAGCUCCACUUGGCGCAAGCAAAGGCCUUUCCAUUGAUUCGAGACCAGCAUUAUCGCCGCAUUUCUAGAGCUCUUUACUUGUUGGAACCUGUAGACAACGAGUGUAAUCGUUGUCGUUUCAACAUAAAGGUGAAAACCAAAUUAAAGAUUCCGGUGAGGAAUGCUCAAGUAAUGUUCAGUCAUGCAGCUGAUGAUGCCAGUGUGAUCUUUAACACCACAAACAGGGGAAAGAGGGAGCAUUUGUUUGAGUUGAAGUCAGGUAUGGAUCACACGUACUCUAUUGUGAAUUCAUGUAAUGGCUUACUUUGCUUGACUGAACCAGCAGGCAGGGGUUCAGUUGUUGUUUGCAACCCCGUCACUGGUGAGUUUAUAUAUCUUCCAGAGUCUUGUAAUUUUGGGACUGACACGAUUGAUAUUAGAGUCGGGUUGGGUUUCAGUCCAAAGAACAAUCAGUACAAGGUGAUAAGGAUGUUUAAUUGGUUGAUAAAGGAUCGAAUGGCAGGCUCUUUUGAGUGGAGCAAAUUUGAAAUGGUUGAGAUACACACGCUUGGGACUGAUUCAUGGAGAAGUCUUGAUAUCUCAGAACUUAAAAUAGACUUACUAACAUCCAUAACAUAUCUCAAUGGUGCUAUGCAUUGGCUUUAUUUUGAAAGAAAUGAUGAUAAGGAUUCCCGUCGUAUAGUCUCUUUUGAUUUGGAUAAGGAGCAGUUUGACUUCCACGAUGUUGCAUCACCAGCUUGUGCUCAUAGAAAAAGCUGUUAUUGGGAUAUGGCAGUUGUAGGAGGUUAUCUUUGUCUUUAUACCGUAGCUUCUGAUCAUUGUUGUACAUGGGUUAUGAAAGACUAUGGUGUCUGGGAAUCUUGGACGAAAUUGUUCGACAUAGAUAUUGCCAUUGAUCAAUUUGGGCGUAAUUUUUCCCUUUACCGGCCUCUAAUUCAGUUGAACAAUGGAGCUUUACUGAUUUUUGGUGAUUUUUACGGUAAAUUGAUUUACUUUGACCAAUUAGGAGGCCUAAGAUUCAAACGUCUCAAGUUUCGUGGCAUUGCAUCGAGAUUUGAAGCCAUUGCUCAUAUUCCAAGCUUCAUUUCACUCAAGGAUAUUGUGAAGAGGGGUAAUGUUGAGGUUCUCAAUGUCAAGUCAAGGUGUGGAGAGUUGAUACUUGUGGAAGAGUCCUAUCCUCUUUUGCUUGGAAGGUCAAUAAAUUAGACGUGUUCUGAUUCUCACUACUUUCUCAUCUUCCUUCCCUAUUAGAAUAUGAAAAUUUUGGCACUGGUGGCCGAUGUUUCAGAUUAUUUGGGACUCUUUCUGGAGAAGGAUUGGUGUUGCUUGGCUACCGAGUGGUUGUGGUUAGUGUACAGACGUUUUGGAAGCUUGUCUUGACACUAGAACUUGAAUACGUAACACUCUUUUAUUAGCUAUAUUUUUAUCUUUUGUGAAUGAAACGUUUAAGAAGUUUCAAGUAGCGUUCAUUUGGG